AGGGCGGGCGAUCAUGCACCCUCGGGAACCCGCUGACGUCGCCCCCGACCGUCUCGAGGGGCGUCCAGACUUGCCGUCUUUUUCUUUGAUCCAACCACCCGCCACUCGAACUUUAUAGAAUCUUGUGCGUGUAAUCCCAAAAAGAAGGCGUCAUCGCCGACCCGCCACCGACGUCCGUCGCAAAACGUAAACCUAGGGGUUCAUCCAACCUCGGCUUCCAGCGGCCGCCAUGAACAGGACGCCCUCGUCAUCGGGCCUGCUCCCGAUGCCGGGUACGGCGUCGGCGUCGUGGGCUGUGUACCGCGCCAAGCUCGCGUCCGUGUUUCGGGGCGCCGACAGCUCGGUGCUGCUUGCCUUUUGGCUGUUUGGCCUCAUCAACAACGUCCUCUACGUCAUCAUCCUCUCGGCCGCGCAGGACCUGGUCGGCACCAACGUGCCCAAGGGCGUCGUGCUGCUGGCCGACGUGCUCCCGUCCUUCCUCACCAAGCUGGUGGCGCCCUACUUCAUCCACCGCGUCCCAUACUCGGCCCGCGUCGCCGCCCUCGCCGCCACCUCGACCGCCGGCAUGCUCCUCGUCGCCCUGACCCCGGCCGACAGGCCCGUGGCGACCCGCCUGGCCGGCGUCGCCCUCGCCAGCCUCAGCAGCGGCGCCGGCGAGCUCAGCUUCCUGGGCCUGACGCACCACUACGGCCCCCUCAGCCUGGCCGCCUGGGGCAGCGGGACGGGGGGCGCCGGGCUCGUGGGUUCGGGUCUGUAUGUCGUCCUGACGGGCUGGGCGGGCUUGUCGGCCCGCGCGAGCCUGCUGGCGUCGGCCGCGCUGCCCGCCGUCAUGCUGCUGAGCUUUUUCGUCGUGCUGCCGCGCGCCCCGCUCAGGGCGUCGUCGUCGUCGUCGUCGGCCGCCGCCGGGGGGCGCGAAAAUGGCGCCUACGCGGCCGUGCCCGCCCGCGACCUCGAGGACGACGACGUCGAGCACAUGUCGGCCAGCAGCGCGUCCGCCGGCCUGCUGGCGCCCGGCCCGUCUGUCGCCGCGACGGCCUAUUCGGUCCGGGACGGUGGUCGCCGCGCCAAGAACGACGACAACGACGACGACGAUAAAGACUCUGACGACGAGCUGCGGCCCCUUUCCGCCACCACACCACCACCACCACCACCACCACCACCGAGAACAGCCAGCAAGCAGCCGACGCUGGCGGCCAACCUGCGGCGGGCGCGCCGCCUCUUCUUCCCCUACAUGCUCCCGCUCCUGCUCGUCUACGUGGCCGAGUACGCCAUCAACCAGGGCGUGUCGCCGACGCUGCUCUUCCCGCUCGAGCGCUCGCCCUUCUCCGAGUUCCGGUCCUUCUACCCCUUCUACGGCUUCCUGUACCAGCUCGGCGUCUUCGUGUCGCGCUCGUCGACGCCCUUUGUGCGCCUGCACGACCUGUACCUGCCCUCGCUCCUGCAGGUCGCCAACCUGGCCCUGCUGACGCUGCACGCCCUCUUCGACUUCAUCCCCUCCGUCUAUCUGGUCUUCCUCGUCGUGUUUUGGGAGGGCCUGCUCGGCGGCGCCGUCUACGUCAACACGUUUGCCGAGAUCAUGGACCGCGUCCCGCCCGCCGACCGCGAGUUCAGCCUCGGCGCCACCUCGGUCAGCGACAGCGGCGGCAUCUGCCUCGCCAGCGUCAUCGGCAUGGCCAUGGAAGUCUGGCUGUGCGACUAUCAGGUCCGCCACGGGCGCGACUAUUGCAGGCGCAUCGAGGCCAGCUAGAAUACCCAUAUUUAAGCUGGACGUGGAAUAUAUGACGAAAUAAAUCCCACGCUGAAAUUCCCAAUGCACGUGAAAUCAUCGCGGUCCUUGUAUGACGCUAUUCACUAUGUAGCAUAUGUACAGUUCCUCUAGCCUAUUAUGAACAAGCAAGUACCACCACCCAAAUUUUCUGUAUGGUCAGAACACGUGCCCAAGUGCGCCACCGAGCCAAUGUGCCGACACAAUCUAGUCCGAUUUGGGCCAGGGACAGCAGCGUUUAAUGUCCGAAUCU